AUGCACACUGCCACCCUCGCCAAGACGCAACCAGCACAAGCAUUGCCAGUACCAACCCUUGCGCCCGUCUUCCCUCUCUCUCCUCUCCACUCCGCCCCACGACCACGACCAAACUGCACGGGUGAUCUCACGACCGAGCGAAAAAAAGGGGGUUGGUUUGAGGCCAAAUGCCAAGACGAUAAUGCGGAAGGGAUGCACGGCGUGGGCCUUGGCGGUGGUGGACAGGUACCGCAUCAGGGCGAUCGGCAGAUCAAGGGAGGAGCAUAA